UUGUCCCCUGGUCGACGUGGGCUGGGAUGGGCCGAGUCUGAGCCCAAGGCGCACGGGGGCAUUUGGGUCAAUUCAUAGCAGAGCGGAGCGGGAUGGGGGCCGAGGCGGCGUUAGGGUUUCUCGGCAACGCCGUCCUGCCCUGCCAUGCUGCCGCCACCAUUAUCCUCUCUCUCUCUCUCUCUCCGCUUUGCUAGUGUAGUGUGAGUGACUGAGUGUUAAGGAGGGAGCAGGCGAGCAAUUUUCCCUCGCAUUCUUCUCCCUCGCUCCCUAGUCCUAUCUUGUUGGAGGAUUGGAUUGGAUUGGAUUGGAUUGGAUCCAUCCGAUCCCCAUCCCUUCCCUCGUCUGUCUUGUUGGAGGAUUGGAUUAGCGAUCGAUCGCGCCUGCUGCUUUCGGGAUGGAGAUGGAGAUGGAGAUGGAUCCCAUUUCCCCCUCGCUCGAUGAAACCACUGCCUCCGGCGGCGAGGCCAAGGCCUGCGCCGACUGCCACACCACAAAAACUCCCCUCUGGCGCGGAGGACCCGAGGGACCCAAGUCCCUCUGCAACGCCUGCGGCAUCCGCUACCGCAAGAGGAGGAGACAGGCGCUCGGCCUCGACACCAACGCCGACCCCCAGGAGCAGCAGCACAAGAAGAAGGCCGCCGCCACCAGCAGCAGCAGCACCAGCACCAACAAGGACAAGGACAAGGAGGAAGUCACCGUAGAGCUCCGCGUUGUGGGCUUCGGCAAGGAGGUGGUGCUCAAGCAGCGCCGCCAGAUGCGCCGGAAAAAGUGCCUCAGCGAGGAGGAGAGGGCGGCCAUCCUCCUCAUGGCGCUAUCCUCCGGCGUCAUCUACGCCUCCUGAUCCCCAGCUGAUUCCAUUCCAUUCCAUUCUAUCCGAGGAGAUAGAGAUAGAUGUAGGGAGACAGUGUCUUGUGUUGCAGAUAGAAUAGAUCCUCCCUUGCUAGCCUAAGCAUGCAUGGUUGCAGAGAGAGGGAUGCCUAACCCUUUUUUUUUUCCCUGCCUCCUCUUCGUCAUCUUCUAGCUCUAGACUCUCUGAAUCUCUCUUGUUAGUCUUCCGGCAAGUUAGUAGUAGCAAUUGUAGCAAUAAUCAAUCUUGUGAUGAUGUAUGUACUAGCUCAGCUGUAAUGUAAUGUUACCUGCCUAUGCCCCUCUAGCUUAUAUCC